AUGAUGGCGGAGGAGCUGAAGAAGGAGCAGGACACCAGCGCCCACCUGGAGCGGAUGAAGAAGAACAUGGAGCAGACCAUCAAGGACCUGCAGAUGCGGCUGGACGAGGCCGAGCAGCUGGCCCUCAAGGGCGGCAAGAAGCAGCUCCAGAAGCUGGAGGCCCGGGUGCGGGAGCUCGAGAACGAGCUGGAGCUGGAGCAGAAGCGCAACGCGGAGAACGUCAAGGGGAUGCGCAAGUGCGAGCGGCGCAUCAAGGAGCUCACCUACCAGGUGCGGUGGCCUGGGGGCCCUCGUUCUCCUUUUCUUACCCCAGUCUUGGCUCUGUACUGGUGUCUUUAUGUGGCACUGCUUGUGGUUCCUCAGCAGUGCAUGCACCAAGUCUGCCUCCAUUCCAAGGCUGCAUUGCAGAUUUUAGAAGGCCUCUCAUUCAAGCAAGCCCAUAGCUAUG